CAACAGCAUUGAUGAGUGCUGAAGCUGGCGAUUGGUCAUUUCGCAGUCAGUGUGAGCAAUGGAGCAGAUAACAUUACGUCGAUCCAGAUAAGACUGAUUCAUGGUUCACAUGUCGGUUACUAUCGAUAAAAAAUCAUUUAUUUUACUCCGAGCCAAAAAUGAAAGAAACAAUCCCUGCAUUUGUGGAACAUCCUUUGGUUCACUUCCGACAACGGUACGAGUGGGAUUGCGGCCUAUCGUGCAUUCUGAUGCUUUUGGGGCGUAACGAGAGAAGUACUUUUCUAGCCGAUUUCAAAGACAUCUGCAACAAGGGCGGAUUUGGAGAAAGUACAUGGACGAUCGACUUGUGCUACAUCCUCAAGGACUUUGGAAUAAAGCAUAAAUACUUCACAACCAUUUUUGGAGCGAAUCCUUCGCAUUUCGGAAAGGAGUACUAUAAGUGCUUCAAUGCGGAUGAGAAGCGAGUCAAUGAGAAAUUUUCCAGUGCUUCAACCCAUGGCAUUACCGUCGAGGUAAAAUCGACAACGCAACAGUUCCUGCAAGAGCAUUUAGCUAAUCAUGGCAAUAUCAUACUGCUAACCAACGCCUCUCUAUUGUACUGUGAUCUUUGUAAAGUUAAUAAGCUGUCCAUGGACCUGAGGUCAUGUCUCGGGUUGAAAGCGGCAUACAUGGGACAUUACAUAAUUCUUUGCGGCUACGACCAGAGAAUACAGAAGUUCUUAUACAGAAACCCCGCCUUCAAAGACAAAGUAUGCUUCAUGUCCUUCGAUGCAAUGGACAAAGCGCGGAAGGCCAGUGGAACGGACGAAGACAUCAUUCUAAUCUAUGACAAGCAAUUGUGAUAAAAGCAGCAUUAAUGACCUCUCGAUCAGCAUGCAUUUAGUGCAAUAAAGUAAAAAGGAUUUCGGAUUCCCUUUAGAGUAACGAACUGCUUAACUUAUCUCCAUUCAUCACAAUGAGUUUUUAUUCUCUACUUUAAAUGUCAUAUUCUAUUUGUUAUAAUCCUACAAGUAAAUUUCUAUUUAUUUAUUUUGUACAUUUUAAUAAUAACUUCAAUUUAAAAUAAA